CAAGCACGCAGGCCGCUGCGAGAUCCUCACAGUUUGGCCAAGCUGCAAAGGGGGACAAUGAAGAUGCAGUUCCAGAUUCUGGCGUAUGUCAUGGUAGCGCUUUCAUCUACCUGCUGCGUAGCGGCCUAUCCUGUUUACCCAGACAUUGAGGCCAUGCAAGGUAAGAAACAAUCUUGAUUAUGAUUUGGGGUGGAAGUUGGUCAGUGCUGUUGUAAUGGUUUCACGCUAGGCUACAAAUGCAUGUCAAUAUAAGCAGAGCAUUGCUAGAUCAGACCAAGGCCCAUCUUGGCCUUCCCUAAUCUGGUGCCUUCCAUAAGUUAUCAGGCUCUAACUCUCUUAACAUGGUCAAUGGGAGUUGUAGUCCAAAAGUCCAGUGGUUGUACUCCAAUGGUCCGGGAUGAUGGGAGUUGUAGUCUUUCUGGAGAGCACCAGAUUAAGGAACUUCUGAUGUAUCUGUUCUGCUUCCCAUAGUGGGAAAGUUACAAGCACGCAUGUUUUUAAAUGUUCUGUCCAGAUUUUGUACCUACGGAUUUUAACUUGGUGGAUAGCGCUGUCGGAUUCAUACCUGAUGAUGCAGCUUCUUUUGGACUUCGUCCAUCCCGGAAUCUGAAUGCAGCUCACUCUGCCCUGGAAGAAGGAAUUAAUCAGGUCCAGAAAAGUAGACAAUGGAACGGUUAGUGUGGGUACAUUAUUUGGGGGCACUUCCUGAUGGGUUGUUCAUUCACACAAAAUGUGGUUAUCAUCCCACACUUUUCUAGUUCAAUCAUCCCAUCACUUUUCUAACCACAGGGAGUCCAAUAAGAAAAAUGACAGAAAAUGGUGAUGGAAAGUGCAGGAUCACAUCCGCUAGCUGGCAUCGUCGUAUAACCUCUGCACAAAUGUAUCUGCAUGAAUGCUAAUCAGCUGGUUUAAAAACCCCCUUAAAAUAUCCUCUUUUACUGUACUCCUCCUCCCCAUCAGCUCUGCAUCAUAUCAAUGAAUACUGGAAUUAGGCUAGUAAGAUACUCCCUUAAUUCUUUUUUCUUUUUCUUUUUUGCUAUCUCCAAAUUAUUUUUAUUAAUUUUCCAAAUUAUUACAAAUCAAAGCAAAUUAAUUAAAUUUAAUACAGUUUCUUAAAAUCAGGUUUCCAGCUCCUGUUCCAAACGCAUGACCAUCAUCGUUUCCUCACAUUGCCUCAUGGUUUCUUAUUUGGAGUCCUGUUGACACCCUUCACAUGAAGUUAAACCAUUAUUCCAUCUCGCUGCUUUUUUCACUUUACAAAAAGCACCUACGUUACAUUUUAUAAAUAAGUAACCCAUUUCACAUGUGUAGUCCUUCAUAUACGUUGUUGUUCCAAACCUGGGAGGGUUAAUUACUGUCUUCCAUUGUUCAGUUCUUUGCAGUGUUUAUCUGGAUGGUAUAAGGUCACAUUCCAUUCCUUCCGUUGUUUGCCGACUAGCAUAGGAGCUGCAGACGUAAAUAACUCACAGAAUGCAUAUCCAGUUAGGAUUUGUUCAGAAAGAAUGGGUGCAUCAUAGAAUCAUAGAAUUAUAGAUUCCAAUGCUUAUCUUGGUUACCUGGGGCAUUAACUGUCAGACCAGAUAGGUCCUGCCCCUUCAUUGUUUGUGAUGUCCAGAAUGUGUUCAUUUGUCCUUCUCAGCAAAUGAUGCUCAUUCCAGUUCUCAGUUACGGACUGAGAUUACCGGUAGUUCCUCCUUAAAAACUUGCUUCCAACAAUAGUGUGCGCUUGACAUUUUCUUCAUUUUGCUUUCCAAAUUACCAACUGGCAUUGCCUGCCUCCCCUUUCUUUCUUCCUUUCUUUCUGCUUGAAAAAUAACUGCGCGGCAAAAGCUCAGUUUCUUUGUGACUGUUUGUGGGGCCGUUUCCAGAUGUAUUUUGUCAUUGCAGGAGGCAAGGAGUCACUGCAAGAUGACAGUGCCGAUAACCUGGUGAGUGUCAAAGACAUGCCCUCCCAACUUUUCACAGAUUAAUGUAGGACACUCUUGUAUACGUAAAACAUCUCUACAUGGGACUGGGAAAAGCUCCUGUCCUGAAACCUUGGAGAUACACUGCCAGUCAGUGCAAACAGUACUAAACUAGAUGGACCAGUGGUCUAACUUAAUAUAAAGCAGCUUCUAUGCUGCUAGAUGUUGCCUCUACUAUCACCCAUUUACCUUUUCAGCCUCCAAUGCCUGUAUUCAUCCACUCUACCUCUUUUCUCUGGAACUCCCAAACCUUCAUGUUUUUAAUAGAGUAUCCACAUGUGGAUGGCAUUCAUUCAGUGCAUUUAGAGAAUUCAGUUCCCAAAACGACAUGGGAACCAAAACAAUAUGCACACCUCUGAAUUUUGCAAUGCAUUUUCCCAGUCAAAUAAUGUGUACAGAAAUGCAGAUACCAGGAUAAAAUGUGCAUUAAAAUGCAUAUAUUGUGAAAAUAACAUACAAAACCACAUUCUAUUGGGGGGGGGGGGCUUUGCAAAAUUGCUUAUAAAAAUGUGUAUAUUAACAAAACUUGUCUGUAACAUGUUGAUUAAUUUUCAUGAGGACUUAAAAAAAAAUCGCAAACUGAUGUGAAAAUGUGGGGAACUGAAAGUAUAAUUGGCAUAACAAGUAAUAUCAAGAAAUCAAAAUCAACAGAUUUGCCCACCCCUAACCCAGAGAAUCAGAUUUUUUUUGGUACAGUUCUUAUGUGUGUCUGUUCCUCCCUUUUCUGACACGCCUUUCUAUAUCACUGACAUCUGAUUGGUAGUAUAAAAAUGCAUGUCAGAGUAUGAAACGUAGAAAUGUGUAUUUUGAGAGAAAAUGGGUUUAAAAACACAUAUGUAAAUAUGAACUUCCCAGGCAGAUUUGAGGGGAGAAUUGCAAUAUUAUGUGGCACAGAGACAGAACAGUCUUAUGAAUGAAUACACGCAAACCUAACAUGGACUACCAGUGGACUGAUUUCUCCAUCUUCAAUUUUCAGGUAGAAGAUAUCAAAGCCAUUCUGUGGAAGCUGGCAGCAGCAGACAAGUUCCGCAGCCAGGCCUUUGUCAAAGCAGACCAGUCUCCUCAGAAGCCAAGCAAGAGAGGUGAGAUGCCUCUGGAUCUCAGUAAUGUGGUUGAAAGGAGAACUUGAGCUGCUUUCUAAAAUAUGCAGGUGGUAGAAUUCUGGGUCAUGUACAGGUGUAAGGUCCCUGGGCAGAGGCCUCAUAGAAUUCUCAAAUAGGGUUGGAGAAGAAUUUCAAUUCAGUUUUCAUUUAAAGGUGAAUCUACCUAAUUUGCUCUUUUAAUAAUAAUAAUCAGUCCUUUUUUUCUGGGGGGAUGCAGGGGUACACAUACCCCUAAACAUUUUUUUAAGAAAAAAGCACUGAUAACAACAACAAAUUUAUUAAAUUGUUUUUUGAAAAAAUAUGAAAAAAUAUUGAUAUAAGCAUAUACAAAAUACAGUAAAAGUAAUAAGUUGCUUUCAAGUUUUCCUCCCUAUUGUAGCUUCGUUUUACUUUUUCUAUUUCUACAUGCAUUUGUAUUGGUUAUCCUAAUUUGCUCUUUCUGAAACAAUACGAGAACCCGGUAACAUCUAAAGGACACCACAUGGCCCACCCCUGAGCUAAAUGCAUAGGGGAAAACAAGAUGAAUGUUAUUUACACAAUAGUGGUUUUUUUUAAAAAAAAAAAGCAGAUUGAGGGGUUGGUGGGAUCUGGACUGGGGCAAAGGCUAGGGACAGGGAAGACAUUAAUACCUAUAUGAAUAUUGUAGUGUAGUUCCCCAGCCAAGUAAUGUAUACAAAAAUGCAUACGUUGGAAUAAAAUGUGCAUCAGAUGGGUAGAUUGGUGAAAAUAAUGGAUAAUAAUGCAAUUACAUUAUGGAAGACCACGUUGCAGAAAGUGUGAAAGGCAAAAACUGCAUGCAAAAAUGUGUGUAUUAAAAGAAAUUUGCACUAAAAUACUGAUAAAUUUACAUGAGUUUCUUUUUUUAAAAAAAAACCCCAACUGUUAUGGAAAUGUGGAGUCUGGAAAAAUGAGAAACUGAGAUAAACUGAAACUGACAGCUCUGCCCAUCCCUAACAAAAGGUUAAAGCCUCUCCCCAUACUGAGGCCGUGAUACCAACCAUCCCCAACCCCACAACUCAGCACACAUUUUUGUAUGAAUACUGUCACAUGAAGUGAGCAGUUAGUGAAGUGUUUUGCUGGUGCUGGGACGUGGGUGGUGCUGUGGUCUAAACCACUGAGCCUAGGGCUUGCCGAUCAGAAGGCCACCGGUUUGAAUCCCCGCAAUGGAGUGAGCUCCAGUUGCUCGGUCCCAGCUCCUGCCAACCUAGCAGUUGGAAAGCGCGUCAAAGUGCAAGUAGAUAAAUAGGUACCGCUCUGGCGGGAAGGUAAACAGCGUUUCCGUUUGCUGCUCUGGUUUCACCAGAAGUGGCUUAGUCAUGCUGGCCACAUGACCUGGAAGCUGUCUGCGGACAAACGCCGGCUCCCUUGGCCUAUAGAGCGAGUUGAGCGCCGCAACCCCAGAGUCGUUUGCAACUGGACUUAAGUGUCAGGGGUCCUUUACCUUUACCUUUUGCUGGUGCUAUGUAUUUGGCCUGUGCUGUUCAAUUUUAACCACAAGCUUAGCCACACAUACCCACUUCUUUAGGUCAGUUUGCGGUUCAUAGACAAGUUAGUGCAUCCCAAAAUAAGAGCAGUGUUUCUUGCCAUUAAUUGUGAUGACUUCUUCCUUCCUGCCCUCCCUUUCACUUUUCUUUGCCAGCUUGUUUCUGGAAGUACUGUGUUACCAACUGA